UUACUUUUUGGUCAAAGAUUUAAAAAUAAUGUAAAAGAGGGGAAAAUUAAAAAAAUUUGUCCACCUCCGGCGUCGGUCUCCGCCGCCCACCACGGAGGUCGCCCUGCAACUUGUUCAAUCCAAUCACCACGGCCGCUGGCCUUUGCACUAAUUCUUUCUCUUAACAAUCAUCACUCUCGUAUUCUGAAAUAAAAGAGUGAAAUAGAGAAAUAUCCAAAAAUAUUGCAACUCAGUGGUAGGGGAAAGAGGAAUUCCAUGUUCCCCUUUGUUCCUUCGCGUUCCUUCCUCUGCCAUUCUCUCAUUGGCUUGCCAGAAUAUCAAACGCUUCCGCGCCAAAAACCUGCUACUCAAAGUUGAAUGGUAGAGCUCAGUCGCCCAUCAACAUGAGUUUGAAGCGGUAAUUGGAUCGUGAAGAAGUUGCAGGGCCAGUGGCCGCGGUGGACGGCGGAAAGGGUUUCGAGACGGAGGCUAGAGGCGGACAGAAUUUUUUAUUGUUUCGUUUUUUACUUUAUUUUUAGAAUUUUGACAAAAAAGUAAUAUUUUAUUUAAAGUUAACCGCAGAUGGACGGAAUAUUAGACGGAUGCACAAUUCAAUGACGUUAGUGGUACCCGACGCCCUAUUCUUACUUAAGUGGUAUAGCUCCCCCAAUUCUCAGACUUUAGUAGUACCCGAGGUAUUUUACCCCACGACAGAAUAUAGGUUUUUUUUUAAUUAAUUAAUAAUUGAAAAUUAAUAAACUAUGCAAUUACUACAUUGCCCUUUAUUAAAUUGGAAUAAUCUGAGCCACUGAAUUUUAAUGUGGAAGGGUUGAGAUUCACUUAGCCAUGUGACUAAAGACCUCCCCUUGGUCCUAGACUCCUAGUCACCUGAUCUGAUCUUAGCCCGAGGUUUAUUAGGUAAGUAUUGAAAAAUUGUACCAAACCAGAGGCUAAACUGGUAGGUGGUAUUUAGUGAUAUAAAAUGGUUAAAUUACGGUUUAACCAUGAGUUUAGUAUAAAAUAUUAUACUGCUAACCUUUUUAGUACAACCUCCGUUACGAUUUUACAAUACUUGAUAUUUAAUGAAAAAGUGGAGGGUUCAUGAAGCUAGUAAAACAAUCAAUUAGCUCAAGGGUUGGAAGGGGCAGAGACUAGAGAGCCAUUAAAGGGGCUACAGCUCCUCUCAAUUUUUUUAUCUAAGGUUAUAAUAAUAUGUUAUAACCUUGAAAAAUCAUUAUAGAGUGGCGGGAUGAGGGCUAUUAGCCCUCUCCUUCGAUUUUUUUUUAUUAGAAAGACUCUCCUUCGAAAUUGAGGUUUCAUUAUAUGAACGUGUUGCAAUUUGUUAUUUCAUACAGCCUCUCCGCACUAUAAAUUAAAUCCUGAAUUCGACACUUUCAUUGACCUAAAAAUAAAGAUUUAUAGCUUUAGAUAUGAAUAGUAGUUGGAAACUAAAUUAGAUUAGCAGUUAAGACAUCAGCAUUGAACAUGAAUUAUUAGUUCUUAAUUAAUCUUUAUUGUCGUCGAAGUACAUAGCUUCUGACUUAGUUAAGGUGAUGACUAGAGGAGGGACCCAGCUGCCUGUACACUUGAAGCAAUUAUUAUGACCACAAUAAUUAAGUUCGUUUAUAAAAAAAUAUAUUAAUUAAGUUGGCAUUAGAUUUAUUAUCAUCAAAGAAGUGCAAAUUAAACCCCCCAAAAAAGAAUUAUUCAAAGGACGUACGCUAUAUAUAAAUACACUAGCCUGCUUAGCAUGCAUCAUUCUCUGAAAGCAUACCAACUAGCUACCAUACCAAAAAGGAGCUUAUAGAGCAAAUCGCUUCAAUGGGUUCUGAUGAAGAACAUGAAUUAUCUCCCAAACUUCCAUUCAUAGAUUUCUCAUCAUCAAAGCUGAAACCAGGCACUCCCAUCUGGGAUUCCUUGAAACCCCAAGUUCGAGAAGCACUUGAAGUCUACGGCUGCUUCGAGGCAUCCUUUGACGACGGCAACACGAUUAAUCCUGGCGAGCUUCGACGUGAUGUUUUCAGUUCAUUGAAAGAGCUUUUCGAUCUGCCUUUGCACAUCAAACAACAGAGUGGCGUUGCGCAGCCGUUUCAACAUGGUUACGCGGCGCCGAAUCCUUUCUACCAGAGCUUUGGGAUGGACGAUCCUAAUUUGCUCGACGCGGUUGAAACCUUCACCAAAACAUUGUGGCCCCGUGGAGGAAACCCAAGUUUCAGCAACAACAUUCACUCCAUGGCUGGGGUGGUUUCCGAAUUCGAUCGCACUGUGAGGAGAAUGAUACUCGAGAGUUUUGGGCUUGAGAAAUACAUAGACGAGCAUCUGAGCUCCACAACGUACCAUUUUAGGGUUAUGAAAUACGAAGCCGUCCAACAUCAUGGUGAGACAGAACUUGGGCUACGAGUUCACACAGAUAAGAGUUUCAUGACCGUAUUGUGCCAAAACGAGGUUGGGGGGCUGGAGCUUCAAACCAAGAGAGGGGAAUGGGUUAAGUUCAAACCCACUUCUCCUAGUUCUUUCGUUGUUCUCAUCGGUGAUGCUCUUCAUGUAUGGCUGAAUGGUAGCGUACAUUGUCCUAAACACAAAGUUACGUUGCGUCAUUUACAUGAUAAGUCGAGAUACUCUUUUGGACUUUUCACAAUCCCGAAGCCAGACUAUGUUAUAAAAGCCCCAGAAGAGUUGAUCGACGAGGAACACCCCUUGAGGUUCAAGCCCUUUGCUUAUCAGGAGUAUUUUGGUUUGGCGUACAGUAAGUCUGGGGUAAAAGACGCUUCUAUACUACAUGUGCCAAUGUUUCCUCCACCCAUUGUUACAUCGAAACUCUGAUUUUGACUGGAAUAUCGGGCGGAGGUUAUAUGUACAGGAAAUUUACCUAGAUCCACCUUUGAGUAUAUUUGAGAAAAAUACAAAGUAUAACAACAUUUAUGCAUAUAGCUCAUUUUAAAUUGCGUUAGAUCUAGUUUAUUUUGCGAGAAACCAAACAAAAAAUAUAUGCCUAGCAAGAAAGUGACCCUAAAAUAAAGAUCCAGCUAUAUAUAUUACUAAAACAACGAUAUCAAACAUGAAUAAUUAGUUCAUAACUAAGGUUUUGUUGGCCUAACGGCGACUUUGUGAAGGCGACGUCUAAAGGACCCGAUUGCCAACUUGAAGAAAUUAUUAGCAAAUUUAGUGUGUUUAUGAAAAAAAAUAUUAAGUUUACUGGUGAGUUUUAUAGAAAUUUUAAUUUCCAACAAAAAAAAUUAAUUCGUAACAAAGACUUUCUAAUCCCCUUACAAAUGAACGUUUACACAUAUU